AUGCCACCAAAGAAGAAGACCGGCGAUGACGGUGCUGAAGCUGGCGGCGACGGCAAAUUCCGCUGGACCGCCGAAAACGAGCGCACUCUCCUCCUCCUAGCCAUGAACCGCGGCACCCUGACCAAAGACGACUACCACAAAAUGGUCGGCGCCUUCCCUGGUCCUGGUACAAACUGGGACGCCAUCCGCCAGCGCUUCAUCAAGAUGCGCAAGGAGCAGCGUGCGCUUUGUGAGCAGCUAGAUUGGCCUCUCCCUUGUGACGCGGAGAAGACUCCUUCGAAGACUCCGGGCAAGUCGCCGAAGAAGAGGGGCGCUGCUGAUAAGGGCGAGGAGGGUGGUGACGGUGCUGGUGGUGAUGCUGGGGUUGCUGGUGAGAUGGAGUCGCCUGCUAAGAAGCCGCGUGCCCGCAAGCCAAAGAAGGAGGUUGUUCAGAAGGAGGUCCAGGAGGAUGAUGGGCUUGGUGGUGAGCUGUUUCGUGAGCUGAAUGGGGAUGAUGGCUUUGUCAAGGAGGAGUUGGUUGAGGAGGAUGUCUAG